AUGGUUAGGAAGCAGGUUUGCUCUUGGAAUGCUAUGAUUUCUUCCCUAGCUUUGAAUGGAAGAGAGAAGCAGGCAUUAACGAUGUAUGAGAAGAUGAGGGCAAAGGGGCUGCAACCAAAUGAGAUUACCUUCGUGGCUGUUCUAUCAGCAUGUGCGCGUGCCAAGCUUGUCGAUUUCGGUUUUAAAUUGUUUGAAACAAUGUCACAUGAAUUUGGACUUGUAGCUAAGAUGGAACAUUAUGGUUGUGUGGUUGAUCUCUUAGGGAGAGCUGGGCUACUACUGGAAGCGUACGACUUCAUAAAGAAGAUGCCUUUUGAAGUUGAUGCCACUGUCUUGGGGGCUCUGAUGGGUGCUCGUAGACUUCAUGGAGCUAUUGAAUUGGGAAAAGAAGUAGCACAACUACUGCUUGAGUCACAACCGAAUCAUUCAGGGCGUUAUGUGAAACUCUCAAGCAUUUAUGCUGGCGCAGAGAGGUGGGAUCAUGCUGUCUGCAUUGAGGAAAGAAAUGUCAGAUACUGGAAUACACAAGGUUCCAGCCCACAGUUUUAUUUAGUGGAGCUUAUAACUGCCACAGCUUGGUGA